AUGGCAGCUUCUCGACAUAUGUAUGCUGCUACACUAUCAAAUUUGAUCAUUUCACACUUCUUUUCAGUUUAUAGCAAUAGGCAUAUGCCUAUCAAAUCAUUUAAAAUCCUUCUUAUAUGCGGUCGAUAUUCAGUUAACCUGUAUAUGUAUGGAAUGUGGAAAAUCAAGAAUGAAUAUAUUUUCGAUAAAGAUAUAUUUUUAAGUUUGGAUUCUGGUGUUCUUGUGGGUUCCUUCUUGCAUUGGGUAGCUCAUCCUCGUGAUGUGGUGUCUGCAUAUCAUAACUUCAUUCUUGCAUUCGAUCUUAGAGAUGAAACGUUUCGUCAGGUGCCGCAGCCGCGGGAUACCAUGGAUGGAAAAAAGGAAGUGUUGAAUAUGGUAUCAGAACUUGGAGGAUGCCUUUGUGUGAGCUAUGGGAAUGCUGAUAUUUGGAUUAUGAAGGAAUAUGGAAUUGAGGAUUCCUGGACUAAAUUGCUCUCUAUUAGUUUUCCUACUCCAUUGAAACCUUUAUGCUACUCAAAGGAAGGUGAUAAAGUUUUGUUUGACUAUGAUAAGGGGAAAGAACUCAUUUGUUAUGAUCUAAACAAUCAAACUAUAGACAGAAUCGACAUUUUUGAAUCCUCCGAGUAUAAUGAGAAGACUUAUUGUUUGACUAAGUCUGGAUUUGUAUGCGCAUCAACCCUAGCGUUUCCCAUUGUUAAUGGUAGAUCAAGCAAUAGUAGCUGCAAGAAAAAUGUCAAGAAAGAAAAUAGCAAUAAAGCUUGA